GGAAUAUUAUCGGAUCGGCAGAAGUAGACGUGAAGAGCGACUGCAGGAGUAGAAGGUGUUCCGCCACUGAAGGUCAUAGCCUGAGGUGUGUUCCCUCAUCGAGAAGAUUAGCAGGACCUUUACGAGGGAGGCAAGAUGAAGAUAUGUCCCCGAAAAAGUGAUAACGUUUGAGGGAGCGAGAGUCGAAUGGUGCUCUCCGAAUGGUUAUUCUACUUGAGCCCAUGCAUCUAGUGGACUGAGCGAGAGAUCAUCGCAUAUCCCAACCCCGCUUAUCGUCGUCUACAAAAUUCUCAAAAAAAUCAAAAGCCAACGACUCUAGGACCCCAGCCGAAUUGUCAUGGGACCUGAUUUUGCGCAGAUUGUAUUCAACAGGGAUUCAGGUAGUCAUCCCAGUCUCGACCCUUAAAAGUUGCAAAUGUAGCCUUACCCAAUCAAGGAUUAGCCCUUUUCUGUUAUUGAAGGACAGUGCCACUUGCAUCAUUUUUUCCGUUGUAGAAACUGCAUAGGUACGGUGUUGAGUGACUGUGACUGAAGCAAUCUAUUUCUCGGGUCGUUUGCUUCUUCAUUUGCAUUUUCACGUAUUCGUAUUUUUAUUUUUGACUUCGUUCCUAAUUAUACUUUGAAUGAUCCAGAAAUAAACCAUGGACGAGUUAGAGGAGCCGCAGUACGCUCUGACCGAGCAACAACUGGAGAGCUUCAAGAGCGUUUUCCAGAUGUAUCAGCAGAAUCCGGAUAACGAAGGCGACGAGCCGAAAUGCAGCUGGGAUGACUUCCCGGCUAUGUUUCGAGCCGUAAACCAGAACCCAACAAACAAAGAGCUAGAAAUCACGAUCAACGAAUUCCGAAGCAAAGAUGAUCCAGGCAGAUUCGAUGUCGAUUGCUUUCUCAGAAUCAUGGACAGCGAUUUCGCAAAGGUUCCUAGUAACUAUAAUUUUUGAGAUGAUGAACUUGUGCAGAAAUCAACAAUGAGAAUCUUUUCGUACUUUCUUUUGUCUUUGCCUUGAUGAAGAAAGUAGAUCCUGCCACUGCCAGUAGUGAUACAUGACUUUCGUCAUGUUGAUUAUUUUGUAAGUACUUGUGUUACAGAUAUUUUUUGAUACAUCAGAUCCAUUAGAUGAUCACUUUGUUCGGAUAAAAAUUAGCGUGAAUUAAAGCAAGGAUCGUAACCCACCACCAUCCACCUCAGGACCCGUCGAAGCCGGAGAUUCUGAUUGAAGCGUUUCGGCAGUUUGACCGGGAUGGGGUAGGCGUGCUGAAGGCACCCACGAUGCGUUAUGCACUUGGGUGCAUCGGUGACGUUCUAGAUGUGGACGCGGUCGAUGAGUUCAUGGAUUACGCGCAUUCCGUCGCGGACAAAGAAAAGCUUGGAGAAAUCGAUUAUGAACUUCUGGUCAAGAAUCUCUUCGAAAAGGAUCCGGGCAUCACUGCAUGCCUUUAGAUUAACUUUGACGCAUUUCGUUUUAGUUCUACUUCUGACAAUUCAUCAUUGACAAGAAGAUCAGUGGAGGAUAAAUUUGUGAAUGUGAAACCCAUCAUCGGCUACUAGAGGGACGCAGCUGGUGUUGGAUAUGGAGCCAAUAUUGACGUGGAAGGUCAUCGACAUUCACCGCUUUCCAUUUCUCCGCAAAAAUUUAGAUACUCGCGGGUAGUGUAAGCUUUGAUCUCGCCAGAGAAAAAAUACACUACAGAUCUCACGAGACGACAACGAAGGUGGAUGUUCAAAGCGCGGAUUCAUAAUGAAAUGCAACCUAUGAUCGUUGCUUUGAGUGCCGUUGCCAGCAGCUGCGGAGGACAAAGGGUGUUUUAGAUACAACUAGUCGAUAUCCACCGCCCAGAUGGCAUGUUACUACUUGUGAACAAAAAUGACGAAGUUCUCUUUUGAGUUAUCAUGAGAUUGCACAACGAAUGAAGAUCUCCCACUAUAAGAUCAAGUCCUCCCUUAUUUACCAGAUCCACAAAGAAGCAAG